UCCUUAUUAUUGAACCUUGCGUUGGGGCAAGCAUCAUAUAAAAAAAAUUCACCACUUGUAUAUAUAAAGCCCCAUCUAAGCGGACGCGUUUUGAGCCAUGGGGACCCCCCGUGAAGUUGAUGAAGUGACCGAGACAGCAGCAUAGCGUCGAGGACUGUACGGCCAGCCCUUUAUACUAUACAGACCCCCGCUUCUAUAUCCAAAAGAAGAGACCACGAGGCAGCCGCAAUCAACUUCGAGGCCAAGGGCCGGUACAUUCCACAAGGCCUCGAGGCAUAAUCAUCAUCAGAAAAUCAAUUGACGCACGCGCGCGAAACCCCGAACAAGGGCCCCCGUUGGACCCCCCAUCAUCAUCAUCGCCCACCCCGCCGCAGACCCGGAUCCCCUCCCUGCCCAUCCCAUGGAGAAGCGGCAGGAAGAGGCCCGCAUCUCGGGCGUCGAGGACGUCAACGUCAAGCGGGAGACCAUUCGGGUCGACCACGAGGCCGAGCACAAGCUCACCAUCAGGGAGGUCCUCCGGCACCACCCCGCCCUGGUAUGGUGGUGCUUCUACUGGUCCAUGGCCGGCGUUGGCUGGGGCUUCGACGCCCAGGUCAACGGCGGCAUGCUGAGCGUGCGAUCGUUUCGCCGCGACUUUGGAUACUACUACAACGGCGAGCCCGUCCUGCCCGCCAGCUGGCAAUCUGCCUUUAACACGGUCUCGUCCGUGGGCCAAUUCUUCGGCGGCUUCCUCUGCUCCUACAUCGCCGACCGGCUCGGCCGCAAGCCCGCCCUCGCGCUGGGCCUCGUCGUGGCGACGGGCGGCAUCCUCGGGCAGGUCUUCUCGGCGAGCAACGCGGCCUUCCUCGUGUCCAAGCUCAUCCUCGGCGUGGGGCUGGGCUUCUACCUGACGCUCGGCCCGCUCGCCACCUCCGAGUGCACGCCCGUCGUCUUCCGCGCCAUCGCCACCGCGGGGGUCCAGCUCGGCAUCGCGUCCGGCCAGCUGCUCUCCAACGCCGUCAUCAAGGCCUUUGGCGAGUGGGAGUCGCGCUGGGCCUACCGCGGACCCUUUGCCAUACAGCUCUUCUUCUGCGUCUUCCUCGCCGCGGGGCUGCCGUUUGCGCCCGAGACGCCCUGGCAUCUCGUCCGCGUGGGGAGGCGCGACGAGGCUAGGCGCUCGCUCGCGCGUCUGUACGGCGGUAGUGAUGAUCGUAUCGAGGCUAGGCUCGUGACGCUCGAGGCGACGGUCGCGGCGGAGCGCGCGCACGGGGGCAGAGACGCGGACCUGUCGGGCUUGCUCGAGUGCUUCCGCGGGACGAACCGCCUACGCACCGUCAUCUCGACGUGCGUGUUCCUGUGCCAGCACCUCACGGGCAUCAUCUUCGUGCUCGGCUACAGCACCUACUUCUUCCAGCUCGCGGGCCUGCCGACGGACAAGAGCUUCGACCUGGGCGUGGGCGUUACGGCCGUGGCCCUCUUCAGCGUCGCCUGCAGCUGGUUCGCCAUCAACUCCAUCGGCCGGCGCACCCUCUUCGUCUACGGCAUCGCCAGCACCACCGUCGUGCUCAUCCUCAUCGGCAUCCUCGACGUCAUCCCCACCGGCGCCGCCAAGUGGGUGCAGGCCGCCCUCACCGUCAUAUACGCCUUCAUCUACAUCUUCACCCUGGGCGCCUGCGCCUUUGCCAUCCUCGGCGAGGUCAGCUCCGCCACGCUGCGCGCCCCGACCAUUGCCCUCGCCACCGCCAUGCAGGCCAUCUGCGGCAUCGUCUUCGGCUUCGUCAUCCCCUACAUGAUCAACCCCGACCAGGGCAACCUCAGGGGCAAGGUCGGCUUCAUCUUUGGCGGCAUGUCGGCCUGCGCAACCGUCUGGAGCUUCUUCUUCGUGCCCGAGCUCAAGGGCCGCACCUUUGACGAGAUUGACCAGAUGUUCAUCGAGAGGGUGCUCCCGAGGAAGAUGGGCUCGUAUCGGGUCGAGACGUUUUGAGCCCUUUCACCAGCUUGCAUGUGAUUCGCUUCGUUUGGAGGAGCAGCUGUGGUGGCAAGUUGCCGCCUGGCAAUGUAGACUGGAAGCAAGGCGCCGCAUCGCACGAUGCAUCAUGCAGGCUUGCAGCGAACGUCAACCGUGUGG